AUGGAGAUAGCCCAGCACUUCAUUCGAGCAGAGAAUUUAACUGACGUUUCCAUCGCCGGACAAGGUUUAGAAUGCCUCGUCUACAAAGCUACCUCCUCAGAUCACGGAGAAGUUGUCCUUAGGGUCCCAAGAGUCAAAGUCUACCACAACGCCAACGACCCUAGCGUUGCAGCAAGUGCCCUCAUCCAGCAGGAAAUCCUCAUGUACAGUCUUCUUCAAAAUGGAUCGGUUGCUGUGCCUAAGCCAUAUAAGUACCUCGAGGAGAACGGUUAUCCGGCUAUGCUGUGCGAGUACGUGGAUGAUGAUGGAACAGAUAUCACGUUCGAGGAUAUGGGACGUGUGGCUGCGUCGAUUCAUUCCACGUCCGUGUCUGAUGCAGAUAUCAAGACAGUUGCAAUGGAGACUGCGGAUGUUUUCUCGACUAUUGAGAAAAGAAUGAAGAGACGCUUCUCCGUACUUUCUAAAACAGUACCCGAGGCUUCUACCUGGCUAACAAGCUGGGACAAAGUACACACCACCCUCCAAGAUCUCAAACGUUUCCCCUCAAGCCUUUUGCACAUGGACUUCCGCGACGUUAACCUCCGCCACAACAAAGGUCGUAUAAGCGCCGUCAUCGACUGGACGAACGCUCUCGUCGGACCAGCAGCGGUCGACAUCUUCCGCACGAUGGAGUUCAGCGAUGUGGGAGAAGGUUUCGCAAAGGGCUAUAAAGAGGUUUCGCCAUUCCCUGAGGUCACUGCGAAAGAAGAGUAUUUGCUUAGGCUUGAUGCUGCGCUUGUGCUGGCGUUGGUGUUCACAGUUGAAGCGCCGGAUGCUAUGAGAGGAGAGAUGGCUGUGGCGCGUGUGAAGGAGCUGUCGGAUAACUUUGCGGCUUCUUAG